AUGGAUUCGCUCCGACCAUGUCAGGGUCAAAUAUCACAUCUACCAUCUCAUGAGCUAAAUAGUAAUAAUGUGCAUUGUAGGACUUUAGUUGAUAUAGAUUCAUUGACCAAUAUAAAUUCGCAACCAUUGGAUAAUAAUCAAAUACCGUACUCGCAGGAACCUGUAUUAAGUUCACAAUCACCAAAUCAUUCAUGUUCAGAUACAUACCAAACAAAUUCACAAUCUCAAUCACAUCAAACACAUUCACACCAUCGACAACAACCACAAAAAGACCAGCAAACUACUCCGAUUCGACGUCGUCAACGAAGAAAACCACAAAAACAUCCUUACGAAAAGCGAAAACACGCUUCUAUCGCAUGCAAUCCGUGUCGUAAAGCACGUCUAAGGUGUGAAAAGAAAGAUGACUCUCUUUUUUGCAAUAGGUGUAUUGAAACAAAUGAGAAAUGUAUUUUUGAUGAAAAUCCCAAAAAAAGAGGUCGUAGAUGUGGUACCAGAAACAAAUCAAAGGCUGCUGAUAAUACUGUCUAUGACAUUAAACAAUGUUGUUGGCCUGAAUUAAUAGCUGAUAGCCGUAAUUUAUAUAUUUUGGAUCCUCUUAAUAAUAACGAUCUGCAAGAAGAUAAUUGUUACCAACAAAUACUGUUUAGUGGCUGUACUUCAACCUAUAAUCAUCAAACCAAUGCUCAACAACGAUUAAAUCCUGAUAUUUAUUAUGAUCCACUUACAUUUACGUGUGAGGAUGAUUUUGUUAUUAGUACACCACAAUCCCUAUGGGCUAAAUAUAUUGGUGAAUUAAAUAAAUAA